UGGGGGCCCACGUGGGUUCUGCGCGUGUUUCUGAGUCCUUAGCGGCCGCUCUUGACACUCGGCCCCGGCGGCGGCUUCGUGGACAUGGGGCGCUCGGGCAAGUUACCGUCCGGGGUCUCGGCUAAGUUGAAACGCUGGAAGAAAGGACACAGUAGCGACAGCAACCCCGCCACCUGCCACCACCGCCAGGCGGCCCGCAGCCGCUUCUUCAGCAGGCCUUCAGGCAAGAGCGAGCUGACGGUGGACGCAGUCAAGUUGCACAAUGAGCUGCAGUCCGGGUCCCUGCGCCUGCGCCCGAACGAAGGGGCCGAGAUGGCCGUGGACGGAGAAGAGGUGACGCUGGCCCCCUCCGAACGGACCUCGGGCACCUUCCUGAGUGGCCUCUCCGACUGCACCAACGUCACCUUCAGCAAAGUACAGCGUUUCUGGGAGUCCAACUCGGCCGCCCACAAGGAGAUCUGUGCUGUCCUGGCCGCUGUUACGGAGGUGAUCCGCUCUGAGGGAGGGAAGGAGACAGAGACUGAGUACUUCGCUGCGCUGAUGACCACGAUGGAAGCCGUGGAGUCCCCCGAGUCUCUGGCCGCUGUCGCUUACCUGCUCAACCUCGUCCUGAAGCGCGUGCCCAGCCCCGUGCUCAUUAAGAAGUUCUCGGACACCUCCAAGGCCUUCAUGGACCUCCUGUCCGCCCAGGCCGGCAGCGGCUCCACCUCUGCUCUCCGCUGGGUCGUCUCCUGCCUCGCCACCCUUCUGAGGAAGCAGGACCUGGAGUCCUGGGGCUACCCCGUGACGCUGCAGGUGUACCAUGGGCUGCUGAGCUUCACCGUGCACGCCAAGCCCAAGGUCCGCAAGGCUGCCCAGCACGGAGUGUGCUCGGUCCUCAAGGGCAGCGACUUCAUGUUCGGGGACAAGGCCCCCGCCCACCACCCUGCGGCUGCGUCCACCGCCAAGUUCUGCAUCCAGGAGAUGGAGAAGUCCGGAGGCUCCAAGGAGGCCACGGGCACGCUGCACAUGCUGACGCUGCUGAAGGACCUGCUGCCCUGCUUCCCUGAAGGCCUGGUCAAGAGCUGCUGCGAGACGCUCCUCAGGGUCAUGACCUUGAGCCACGUGCUGGUGACAGCCUGUGCCAUGCAGGCCUUUCACGGCCUCUUCCAUGCCAAGCCCGGCCCGGGUACCCUCUCGGCGGAGCUCAAUGCCCAGAUCAUCACGGCCUUGUAUGACUACGUUCCCAGCGAGAACGACCUGCAGCCCCUGCUGGCCUGGCUCAAGGUCAUGGAGAAAGCCCACCUCAACCUGGUCAGGAUUCAGCGGGACCUGGGCCUGGGUCACCUCCCUCGCUUCUUUGGAACCGCGAUGAGCUGCCUCCUCUCCCCCCACUCACAGGUGGUGACAGCUGCCACCCAGAGCCUCCAGGUGCUCCUGAGGGAAUGCGUGGCUCCUCACAUGGCCGACAUCGGCUCCGUGACCUCCUCCGCCACGGGCCCUGCCCAGUAUGUGGCCAAGAUGUUCAGGUUUGUGGAGGAGGGGCUGACGUACAAGUUCCACGCAGCCUGGAGCUCCGUGUUGUCGCUGCUGUGUGUGUUCUUCCAGGCGUGCGGGAGGCAGGCCCACCCUGUGAUGAGGAAGUGCCUCCAGUCCCUGUGUGACCUGCGCCUCUCCCCGCACUUCCCCCACACGGCAGCCCUGGACCAGGCCGUGGGGGCCGCCGUGGCCAGCAUGGGACCCAAGCUGGUGUUGGAGGCGGUGCCCUUGGAAAUCGAUGGCUCUGAGGAGACUCUGGAUUUCCCGAGGAGCUGGCUGCUGCCCGUCAUCCGGGACCACGUCCAGGAGACACAGCUUGGUUUCUUCACCUCCUACUUCUUGCCCCUGGCCACCACCCUGAAGAGCAAAGCAAUGGCCCUAGCCCAGGCGGGCAGCUCGGUGGAGUCCAAGAUCUACGACACGCUCCAGUGGCAGGUCUGGACUCUCCUGCCCGGCUUCUGCACGAGGCCCACAGAUGUGGCCGCCUCCUUCCGAGGGCUGGCGCGGACGCUGGGCAUGGCCAUCAACGAGCGCCCGGACCUCAGGGUCACCGUGUGCCAGGCCCUGCGCACACUUAUCACCAAGGGCUGUGAGGCGGAGGCCGACCGAGCCGAAGUGAGUCACUUUGCCAAGAAUUUCCUGCCGAUCCUCUUCAACCUGUACGGGCAACCCGUGGCAGCUGAGGACACUCCGGCCCCCCGCCGGGCCGUGCUGGAGACCAUCCGAACCUACCUCACCAUUACGGAGCCCCAGCUGGUGAACGGCUUCCUGGAAAAGGCCAGCGCGAAGGUGCUGGACCCCGCCAGCUCCGACUUCACCAGGUUGUCUGUCCUGGACCUGGUUGUGGCGUUGGCGCCUCACGCUGAUGAAGCUGCCAUCAGCAAGCUGUACUCCACCAUCCGGCCCUACCUGGAGAGCAAGGCCCACGGGGUGCAGAAGAAGGCCUACCGCGUGCUGGAGGAGGUGUGCGCCAGCGAGCAGGGCCCAGGGGCGCGCUUCGUGCAGAGCCACCUGGACGACCUGAAGAAGACCCUGCUGGACUCUCUGCGGAGCACCUCCUCGCCCGCCAAGAGGCCCCGUUUGAAGUGCCUCAUCCACAUCGUGAGGAAGCUCUCGGCCGAGCACGAGGACUUCAUCGCCGCUCUCGUCCCGGAGGUGAUCCUGUGCACCAAGGAGGUGUCGGUGGGCGCACGCAAGAACGCCUUCGCCCUGCUGCUGGAGAUGGGCCGAGCGUUCCUGCGCUUUGGCCAGAGCCAGGAGGAGGCGCUGCAGCGCUACCUGGUCCUGAUCUACCCCGGCCUCGUGGGCGCCGUGACCAUGGUCAGCUGCAGCAUCCUGGCCCUCACCCACCUCCUCUUCGAGUUUAAAGGCCUGAUGGGCACCGACACGGUGGAGCAGCUGCUACAGAACGUGUGUCUGCUCCUGGCCUCGCGCACCCGCGACGUGGUCAAGUCGGCGCUGGGCUUCAUCAAGGUGGCCGCCGUGACCAUGGAUGUCACACACCUGGCCAAGCACGUGCAGCUGGUGAUGGACGCCAUCGGGAACCUCUCCGAUGACAUGAGGCGACACUUCCGCAUGAAGCUCCGGAACCUGUUCACCAAGUUCAUCCGGAAGUUUGGGUUUGAGCUGGUGAGGGGGCUGCUGCCUGUGGAGUACCACAAGGUGCUAGUGAACAUCCGGAAAGCCGAGGCCCGGGCCAAGAGGCACCGCGCUCUGAACCAGGCCGCCCUGGACGAGGAGGAGGAGGACGAGGAGGAGCCGGCCCCGGGUAGAGGCGACAGCAUCGAGGAGAUCCUGGCCGACUCGGAGGAGGAGGACACUGAGGAGGAGGACAGGAGUCAGGGCAGGGAGCAGCGGAAGCUGGCCCGCCAGAGGAGCCGGGCGUGGCUGAAGGAAGGGGGUGGCGACGAGCCCCUCAACUUCCUGGACCCCAAGGUGGCCCAGCGAGUCCUAGCCACGAAGCCUGGGCUGGGCCGAGGCAAGAAGGACCACGGCUUCAAGGUGAGCGCCGACGGCCGGCUGAUCAUCCGGGAGGAGGAGGAGGAGGAGAGCGCCAGCAAGGUGGAAGAGGAGGAGGACAUGAAAGGGGAGGACGAAGAGAUGGCGGAGCUGAUGGCGGACAUGGGCGUCAGGAAUAAGAAACACCCCAAGCGUCCGCGCCAGAAGGAGGCCGACGACGAGGACCUGGAGGUGCCCCCUCAGUACCAAGCUGGAGGCUCUGGCAUCCAUCGCCCUGUGGCCAAGAAGGCAGUACCAGGAGCUGAGUACAAGGCCAAGAAGGCGAAGGGGGACAUAAAGAAGAAAGGCCGACUGGACCCCUAUGCCUACAUCCCCCUCAACAGAACCAAGCUGAACCGAAGGAAGAAGAUGAAGCUGCAAGGCCAGUUCAAGGGCCUGGUGAGAGCCACCCAGCGCGGGUCCCAAGUGGGCCACAAGCUGCGCAGGAAGGAGCGCCGGAAGGAGCACCGGCCCUGAGGCCCAGGGUCCCCACGGCUGCCCCGAGGCCCAUGCCGACGGUCCCCCCUCUUCCCUGCACUGCUCAGCACCAGCCCCGGAUGCUCGGGGCACCCGCAGGACGAGGAGCAGAGACUGCCUGGGAUGAGGACCCGCCCUGGAGUGGCCUCCGGAUUGUUGGGAAGCCCUCGGGAGACGGGAGUGUGGGGACUCUGCUCCCAGCCCCGAGGGCCGCGGCCACCCAGACUGUCUUCCGGCCUCAGCUGCCGGGAGCCGCCUGCCCUCCGCGGCUGUGGUCCAGAUGUGUGAGAUCUGCUGUCGUGUGCGGACUGAAUAAACCUGCGCCUCCAAACAGGA